AUGACCGAGCUCGCCAAGGCCGACAAGCACUCGUCGCCCGCCUGGGAGGGCGCCGCCUCGACCAACCUCUUCCGCCCUAUCCAGAUCGGCUCGUCGCAGCUCAAGCACCGCGUCGCAUACGCCCCGCUCACCCGCGUCCGCAAUGACCCGCAGACGGGCGCGCCCACCGACCUCGUCGUCGAGCACUAUGCCCAACGCGCCACCGACGGCGGCCUCCUCAUCACCGAGGCCACCAUGAUCUCGCCCGAGGCCGGCUCGAUGCCCGGCGUGCCAGGCAUCUGGAGCCAGGAGCAGGUGGCCGGCUGGAAGAAGGUGACGGACGCCGUCCACGCCAAGAACGGCAAGAUCUGGAUGCAGUUCUGGCACCUCGGCCGCACGGCCAACCCCAAGUACAGCAAGAAUGUGUGGUCCGCCGGCACCAUCCCGCUCUCGACGGGCAGCAAGGAGAUCCGCCAGCUGACCAAGGACGACCUGGCGCAGCUGCUCGACGACUACCGCAGCGCCGCACGCAACGCCCUCGACGCUGGCUUCGACGGCAUCGAGCUCCACGGCGCCAACGGCUACCUCAUCGACCAGUUCCUCCAGAGCGUCAGCAACAACCGCACCGACGAGUUUGGCGGAGAGGCGGUCGAGAACCGCAUCCGCUUCCCCGCCCAGGUCGUCGCCGCCCUCGCCGACGUCGUGGGCGAGGAGCGCCUCGGCGUGCGCAUGUCGCCCUUCUCGCGCUUCCAGGAGAUGCGCGAGCCCGAGCCGCUCCAGACGUUCCUGCCGUGGACGCGCCACCUCACAAACGCCCACCCCAGGCUCGCCUACAUCCACGUCGUCCAGCCCCGCAUCAGCGGCGCAUCGGACGAGGAGGGACACGACGCGCCCGCCGUGCCGGACUCGGUCGCCCCCAUCCGCGACCUCGUCCGCCAGCAGAGCCGCGGCGCCACCAAGCUCCUCAUCGCCGGCGCCUUUGACGCCCGGUCCGCAGCAGAGCACGCCGAUCGCCAUGAUGAAGACGUCGUCGUCUUUGGCCGGUACUAUAUCGCCAACCCGGACUUGCCGGAGCGCAUCCGCAACGGCCACCCGCUCCGACACUGGGACAGAUCCACAUUCUACAUCCCCGGCGCCGCAAAGGGCUACGUCGACCAACCCACCUACCAGCAGGAGAGGGAGCUCGGACACCUCUAA